AGCAACUUAACAGCCAUUUCGUUAUAUACUCACUGAACUACUUUUAAAACUCACACAAACACCAUAGAAUCUGAAGAUUUUCUUCCUUUUAUGAAAAAUAAUCACAAAAGAGAAGUUUCAAGGAAAGUUUCUAAGAGAAUCAUCACCGUUUGAAAUUAAGCUUUAAUCUCUCUAGUGUUGUUGUGUGUGUUUUUCAGCUUUUGUGCCACUUACCUUACCAUAACCAUAGCCAUAACCACCAACAUCACCCCACGCACCAUGUUAAAAGCACUUUUCACAACGCUUUAUUCUCAUAUCUCUUUCUACCAAUUCCAUUUCCUCACAUUUUAAUACUAUUUAUUGCUUAUUUACUACCUUCCCUUUUCGUUUUCACCCCUUUUAAUGUCUUUUUAGCAGAUUUUUUUUUCAUUCCAAAAGCCUCUCUUUCAUCUUCAAUCUUCAAUCUUCACUCACAAGUUUCUCAUUUAUUCUCUCACAUAAAUAAAAUCUCCACCUAUUUCUUUACCCAAAACACACACAGUUUCACUCUCACAAAAACACAAACCAUGAAACAACAACAACAACAUAGUAUCCUAUGUAAAACCACAGUACACGAAAGUGUCACUAAGAAAUACAUAACACCAAAAAGAAACAUCAAUGCAAGGAACAACACAAACAACAAAAAUUCUAUUCAAACCGAGUUACCAAAAAUGAUUCGCGUAAUAGUUACUGAUCCAGAUGCUACUGAUACUGAUUCAUCCAGUGACGAAGAAUCACAGUUUAUAAUCCCUCGCCGGAGAAUCAAACAGUACGUCAACAAAAUCGAAAUCGAGACGGUCGUUUCAACGGUUUCCCGUAAUAAGAAACGGUCAGCCAGAGAGAUGAAAUCUUCCCGGAGACCGGCGAAGGUUGCAGCAAUCCCCGGAGACGAGAGGAAAUUCCGAGGUGUACGGAUGAGACCGUGGGGAAAAUGGGCGGCUGAGAUUCGAGAUCCUGUAAGCCGUGUACGGUUGUGGCUGGGAACCUUCAGCACCGCAGAAGAAGCUGCUAAGGUUUACGACGCUGCAGCUAUUAAGUUUCGUGGUAAAGACGCUGUUACUAACUUUUCCACAUCGCCGCCGGUGGUUGAGAAUGUAGAAAAAGCUGAAGCUGUAAACAGAACAACGACAAUGAAGGUUGACGAAAUCAAAACCGAAAUAUCCGUUUCCGGCGAAGAUUCCGGCGAUGAGUUUGUUAAUCUAUCUUCUCCGACGUCUGUUCUCCGGUUCAGACCUGAUGAAAUUAAUGAAUCAAAUAAACCGGAAGAACCAAUUUUUGACUCUGAACCCAUUGAACCGACUGAACUAGUUAUUGAAGGUGAACCCGUUGAACCCACCGAGCCGGUUGGUGAAUGUGAAACGAGUUUUUUCGACGAAACUAAUGAGAUUUUCCGACAGGAAACGGAGGACGUGUUUAAUUUUCCAACAACUUGUGAUUAUUAUUACUCAAACAUGUUUGAUGAAGCUCCUAUGCAAUUUGUCCAUGAAACGACACCGGUUCUGUUAAAUGAUUGUCGUUUCAGUGAUCACGUGGAAUUUGAUAAAACGCAUUCACCUUCAUCACCAUCACUAUCACCAUCAUCAUCAGCUUUAUGUGAAGGGGAUGAUUUUCUCGAUGACAUUUUGUUCGGUUUAGAGCCUCUCAUUGCGCUUUGAAACAGUGAAAGUGAAAGUAGUAGUUACUCACUCUCAUGAAUCAUGAUAUCAUCACUUUCACAAGCUAUAAAGUCGUCGUUGACUGUUGAUUUUGCUCAGCAGAUUUUGAUUCCGGUGGCAACAAAAUUCCAAAAAAAAGAAUGAGUUUAUUUAUGUCUAUCAGUUUUGUUAAAUAUAUUAACUUUUUAUAUUUUAGCUUAUUUUUAUUUAUAUUUUGUUGCUUAAUACUAGUACCAGUAAUAAUAAGGUGUUUUUGAGAAUGUAAUAUAUAUUGUUCAAAUAUCAAUGCAAGUGUAUUCCAGUAAGUAUGAAAUGAUUCUUGUGUUUUUUUAA